GUCCUGCGAAACUGUCCUGGGGUCUCGCCAAUCUCCGUGUGAGGAGGCAGCCGCUCCUGUAUGCUGUCGCGACAGCAGUGCAACAGCGUUUGAGCGAAUCCCAGCAGAGUUCGACGAAGAUCGCAUGGUGCAGCGUCGUCAGGGCCAUUCCUCCUGUGGAACUCUGGGUGCCUGAGCGGCAAGGCAGUUUCGAUGCCUGCAUUGAUGAGGAGAUGUUGGCUCAUUUCGUCAAGAACCUCACUCCGAGGCUCAUGCUUUGCUAUGGUGCUUGUGGACCACGGCCUUCCCUCAACACCCAGGCAGACUCUUCAAGGUGGCUGCAGCGAGGAAUUGAUUUGGGCGACAUGUCGACCGCGGUCGAGGUUCUACUCGCUGAUUCCGAAUGGAGGCGAGACCAGGAUGAGGACCUCACAUGGAUCUGCUUGCUUCAGCACACGAGCCGGCCCGGACCCUGCCAGGAGGUGAUUCGCAAGUACUCCUGUGGUCGUGAGCUCCCAGCCUGGUUUCGCGCACAGGAUGGCCCCUGGAGUAAGUCGAAGGCCAAGUACAUGCAGAGAUUCUCGAACCUCGAGAAGUUCGCGCAACCGGCCUCAGGCAACCACUGGGAGAAGCUCGGUGCCGUCAUCGACUUCGUGGAGCACCGCCUCUCUGCUGCUGCUCCCCAGGUGCCCGGCACUGUCAACGAGAUGCUUCGCUUGCUAGACACCUUUGCGCAGCGCCGAGAGCACUGGCUCAAGGUUGCUGGUGGAGCAAAAGCUGAGGUUGCGCUGGAGUGUGGCACCUUCAUAGGCAGCAGAACUUAUGCAAAGGGUGUGGACCCGGUGCAGGCUUGCAUAGCCAGGCACCUCGUGGACCUAGCCGGUGCCAGCUUCGUGCUCAGUGGAGGUUGCCAUUGGACAGGCGAGGUGCGCGAUAUUGUACCCAAGAUCGUCGAACUCUUUGGUGCCACAUCGGUAGGCAUGGUCUUCAUGGACUACAAGGAAGACACGGGAGCGAUAGGCAUGGAUAGCCGUCUUCUUGCGGACAAUGUUGCGCUGCCAGGCGCACCUCUCUUGCUCUGGAACCUGGCCUUCAGUCCGUCCUGGGAGUUGACUGCAUUUGCCAUGACGGAGUUCCACGAACCCAACACAGAGGACUGGAUGGCCCUGGGCAGGUACCGUGGCCCAGCAGGGCCGGCACCUGCUGCACCAGCGAGUUGGCAGCACCUCUCUUGGCACACGGAUCACAUGCGCCGCAGAGCCUGCGGUCUCCGACCUACAGAAGGAGACAUGUUUGAAGCGGACCGCGUCGCCUACUCCAGACACGUGAGGCGGCACUACAAUGCGGCUGGCAUUCAGGCCGUUCCGUGGCACGGUCAUGCGCGCGGGGGGCUUCAGGACGUUCUUCCACAAACGACCAUGAAGCCGCUGGUUGCGGAAAUUGGAAAGCUCGCUCGAGCCAUGAGGCAGCUCGCAGGUCGACUGGCCCUGGCUGCAGUCGCUUUGGCUUCAGAGGACUACAUGGCCAGAGUUGAUCCAUCGCUGCACACAUGGACGAGAACCGUCCGAGUGGCUGAAGACGCGUUCCUCCUCCUGGAGAUGCAUCAGGGGAAUCUCAAAGCCCUCCUGAACGGGGAAGCAGAGGUGGACUUGCCUCAAGAGCAGGAGGAGCAGUUGCUGAGUGCGUUUCCCGCAGAAGCGCUGACGGUGGAAGCCCGUGCGCCUCAAAUACAAAGCCAGCGCUGGGCAGCGAAGAUCCUUCGGUGUGCGGUGGGAGCGCGAGUGGAUCCAGACUGCGCUGUGAACACAGAGAAUCACUUAGAGAAGGAAAUUCUGGCGGUCUUCCGCAGGCUGCGCAAUCCUCCCAUCGGUUCUGUGCUGACCUUCGGGGGCCUCUACGGUGGUGUGCACGGUGAAGGAGUCGAUGUGCCCGACGAUCCUGCCGUGGAGCUCAUGUUGGAGCUAUCCCGUGCUGUUGAAGGUAAGAUCACUGACUCGCGCGCAGGGGUUGCAGCACUGCGCACUCUGAACAUACCUGACCCGCUUCGUUGGGCAGAUCUUCAGCUUCCAGCAGAGUUUGCAGGUGAGCUGGACCUGCUUCGCUUGGAUGGCCUAAGGCAUGGAGUCUCCUGUGAGGUCUUGCGCCAGGUCUUGCGCGCCGGAGUGCGCCCCCGGCUGGUGGCCCUCUUGGUGCUCAGUCAGGUGCCGCCACCUUUCCAGUACUUUCCGCUCGGCGUUCCGGGGUACAACUCCCCUCCGGCUCUGAUGUCAUGCUCUCUGUCUGGAGCGAUAGAGGUUCUGGCCAAGCAUGACCUCUUUCUUAUUCGACUCACCGGGCCAUAUGCCCUUUUCGUACGGCAAAGCGAGUGGCCCGAGGCGCUGCCCAUCAACGAGUUCGACUGCUAUCGCCGGGCGUCUGUUUGGGGCUUGAAGGAUAUUCCUCUUUCGUUCGUUCGCGAGUGGCUCCGUGAAGAAGUGGACCAGGUUCUACCGCGGCUAUGGAGAAAUCUUACUCACCUGCACUCUGACGGUGGCCCGUUUACCUUGGUUUUGUUCUGCAAGUCGUGCAGAGUAGAGUGGAUCCGCAAACAAGGCGGAGCCAUGGAUGCCAUGGAAGUUGCCACCAUGGCAGCACCUUUGGUGUCCUCGACAUCCUCUGUCCACCCUGGUCGCUGGCGCAGAGGAACCACCUUAAGUAGAAGCAGCCCGGCCACGUCCUUUGGGCAGAGGUCCGCAGAUUCAGCCUCUUCAACUUGGCACACAGGCUGUUUGGCCUCCACUGCCAUCGUCGGCCUGGCAGCCUCCAGGCCGACCAGACGAAGGCUGCAGAGCAGACAGCUGCGGCAGACUCGCAGGGCUGGAGACUCGCCUGUCGUGCUAGAGGUCAAGGAAGUCGAAGCCAAAAGCACAGACGAGGACGAGAAGCAGAUCCUGAAAGGGCUCAACCUUACGAUAAGGGCGGGCGAGGUCCAUGCUGUCAUGGGACCGAACGGCUCUGGAAAGAGCACGCUGGCAAAAGUUCUCAUAGGGGACUCGGCUUAUGAGGUCACCAAGGGCAGUGCCAAGUUAGGCGAGACCGACCUGCUGGAGAUGGAACCUCAUGAACGAGCGCUGGAAGGGCUAUUCCUCGCUUUCCAGUCACCUCCAGCCGUUGGAGGGGUCAGCAAUUUGGACUUCCUCAGAGCAGCAUACAAUGCACAGAGCAUUUUUGCGGCCGUGCGGAUGUCUUCCGGCAUACGACGACGAAAGGUUCCUGGAUCUGAAGCAGAUGAGGGCCUCUCAAAUUCGGGCGCGCUCGAGACUCUGAGAAAGUUCGAUGUGUACAACAAGGUCCAUGAAGAUUACAUGCAGAAGCGACAGCUGGGCGGUGCUGUAACCCUCGUGACGUGUGCAAUACUUGCAGUGCUGGUCUACUGUGAGGUCUGCGAAUUCUUUAGUGUUGAGGUGCUCCACAGCAUCACUGUCGACACGAACAUCGACAGGAAGCUCCCCAUAUCCUUGGACAUCACUUUUCCGCAUCUGCGAUGCUCCGAGGUGUCCGUUGACACGGUGGAUUCUGCUGGCGAUACGCAGGUAGAUGCCCACGGUGGCCUCGACAUGCACAACCUCGAUGCUGCUGGCAAGAUAUCCACAGGUGAUCCAGUGGCCAGCAAAGGUGAUUGUUGGCCGUGCUUAGAAGCCGAGGAUGCAAAGCACAAGUGCUGCAAUAGUUGCCAAGAACUCAAAGAUGCGUACAACGACAAGGAGCUGCCAUACUUCCACGUGUUGGACACAGCAAUGCAAUGCAAGAGCUCCAUUGGGUGCCGAAUAAAAGGCAAAGUUGUUGUGAACAAGGUCAGUGGAAAUAUCCAUGUGGCCUUGGGGAAGUCUGUGCGGCGAGAUGGUAAGCUAGUACAUGAAUUCAACAUUGAAGACAUCGGCGAUGGUUUCAACACCUCGCACCACAUUCAUUCAAUCACAUUUGGAGAAUAUGUUUAUGGACUUCAGUCUCCACUUGAAGGCAUCCGAAAAAUUGCCGGCGCUGGCUCUUGGAUGUAUCACUACUAUGUCAAGCUCGUGCCAACGGUGUACAUCAGCCGUUGGGGCACGACCACAUACACAAACCAGUAUUCCGUCACGGACAGUGCCCGCAACGUUCAAGUUCGAGAAGGGGAGCUGUCCGGCUUGCCGGGGGUCUUCCUGGUCUACGACUUCAGCCCUUUCCUCAUGCAGCAGACGGAGCAGGUGAAGCCCUGGUCUUACGUGUUCACCUCUAUGUGUGCCAUUGUGGGUGGUGCUUUCUCAGUUGCAACUCUCGUAGAAAUGGCUCUGAGUAGCGCAAGAGAGGAGCCAGAGUUGGAUGUCAUCGAGUUCUACGGACUUGUGACUCAGAAGUUACAGGACCUGAAGAUCAAUCCCGACUUCCUGAAUCGAAACGUGAAUGAAGGCUUCAGCGGAGGAGAGCGAAAGAGGAACGAGAUGCUGCAGAUGGCUGUUCUACAGCCCAAGCUAGCCAUCCUCGAUGAGAUUGAUUCGGGACUCGACAUAGAUGCUCUCAAGGAUGUGGCUGAAGCCAUCCGAAGUGUCCGCGAGCAAGAUCCUGACAGGGCCAUGCUCGUCGUGACGCACUUCGAGAGGUUUCUCCGUUACGUUGAGGCCGACCAUGUGCACGUGAUGUAUCAGGGGCGCAUCCUCAAGAGUGGAGGCAAAGAGCUCGCUGACAAGCUUGACGAGGAGGGGUACGACUGGGUGCUGAAAGAAGCCAAGUAG